AUGUUUGGAGCAGCAGUUUUAGCUGCUGCAGAAUGCAGAAUUGAUGAUCUAAGCUCAUUGAUUAAUGACCCAGAACUUAGAAAAUAUUGGAAAUUAAUCCUAAGUUCUAUUCCAGAAACAUUUCAUAUCGAUAAAUAUAAGCAUAUUAUUCCUAAACCAACAAGUAUAAAAAAUGGAAGUAGUUUUGACGAAAAUAACACCUUAUUCAAUAAUGAACAAAAUAUAUUUUAUGAUUCAGUAGAAAGUAUUUCUCAAUGGUCUAUUGAACGUUGUUUUCAUAUAGUAAAAAAUACAUUAAGUAUUAAUGAAUUUGCAUUUCCGUUUUUAACAUUUAUGAUACAGCAUCUGGGCUUUGAAAUUUUAAAUCAAGGUGCAUUGCUAAGCGAUUUACAAAAAAAAUAUUUAGUUUCUCACUAUGAUUCUAUUUUAAUGCUUUAUUCUUUUUACUCCAUUCUUGAGCAGUAUCGUAUAUUUAUUGAAAAAAAUACAAAAUCUUGCAAGCAAAUAUUAUUAGACCCAGUAAAUUUUAUUCUUAAUUCGCCCAUAAAUAGAUUUAAAAUGGUAAUAGAACAAUUUUUGGAUUCUUCGUACUCAGAACUGAGUAGUUUACUUUCAACUUUAUUUGGAAGCUAUUAUAGCAUUUCAUAUUUGAACUCACUUUAUGAUAAACAAUUAAGUAAAGAUAACUUAAAAUCUACAAAAAUAUUAAAAUGUCAGCCCUUGGUUCAAAAAUACAGUUCUUCAGGUUAUUUUAAACAAUUUUAUUGUAAAAAUACUAACUUUAGUUACAAAUGUGAAAAUAAUUUGAAGAAUUCUUUAUUAUUGAAUGCUAAUACUUCUUUAGAAGAGGCAGUGAUAGAUUAUUUAUUUGAUGUAAAGGAUGACAUUACAGUUGAUUUUUUUUGCAAAAUUUCCAAAAUACUUAUUAAAAAUAGUAAAUUAACAAAACAUUUAACAAAGAGAUACAUAACAUGUCCGAUCAGAGUAAUUCAAUUUAUUUUGUUAUGUAUUAAUGGCAGAGAAUCACCACUGUUGAACGUAAAUGCGUUGGAAAUACAAGAGUACGUAGAUGAAAUUUAUGAAUGCACACCCAAAAGUGCAAUAAUAAUUAAACACCUUAAGAAAGAUCUAAUUGUUCGAGAGUUAAACUCUUCAAUUUUGAAAAUAGAUGAUCAACACUCAUCUGAUUAUAUUUGUUGCCCUUUUUGUAAAAACGUGUCAGUCUUAUAUCAGGGCCAAAAAUCAAUUCAAAGCUUCAGAAACUGGCUAAACAAUAUAUUUUUUUCAAUCGAAUCAAUUGAGAAACAUCAGUUGUUUAUUGACAUAUGCAGAGAACUACCAAUAAAGAUAAUCAAAGAAAUAACUAUUUAUGAUAUACAUAAAAUUUUAUACAAUCCAUUCAAUGCAGAAUGCUUUCUAAUUAAUUUAAUCACUAAACUUCCAACUUUUUAUACAACUGAUGCACUAAAUGCAAUUAUCUCUCUUUAUAAAAUAAUAAUAAACUCAAUAAAACUUCCAACUUAUCCAUUAGGAAGUUUAAUAAAUUUGUUGUUUUAUUUAUUAGAAAAAAUAUUAAUUACAGAGGAUUCAAAAAUUGAAAUAAUAACUCGAGAUUUAAUGUAUCACAUAAAGGAAAAUAUCACCUCCAUUAAUGAGCAUGAAUUCAAGAAUCUUUUUUUAAAAUUAUUUAAUCAUAUAUACUGCAGAUAUUCUGAGGAACCUUUAUAUAACUUUUCAAGAUUUGCUAAUAUAUUAAGUAAAGAAAUCGUGCUAGAAAACAGAAUAUUAAACUCUCAAUUUAGGUCAAUAAGUGAAAAUAUUUACAUUUCAAAUAUCAUUAACGAACUAAUCAAAUUUUCUCCAAAAAAAACAGAAAUCAAUUCAAUAUUCAAAGUUUGUUCUGAAUCAGAGUUAGAAAAAGUGAUAUACUCAAGACAUUGUAAUAAUUUUGAAUUUAUAUAUUAUCAUCCUAAUUCAGUUAUUUUAGAAGAUAAAAAAGAAAACAUACUUGUUAAUUUAUUCCUUUCUAAUCCUUCUUUGGCAAUUAUCAGUAAUAAGUCAAUAAUUUGGGAUAAACUUCAAUUCUUAUUUAAAAAAUUUCUAUUUACAGAUGAAGAUAAAAUAAUUUGGAACAAUUUAAUUAGGCUUCAAAUAUCAACUUUACUAGUUUACGGUUUCUAUAAUCUUGCAAUCAAGAUUUUAUUCGACUCUGUUUCAAGUAAGGAUUGUAUAAACGAUGAAAUUGUUGAACUUUCAUACUACUUAUUAAAAAAUAGUAAAGAUAUUAGUGGAAUCUCCAAUGAAAAUAAUUCCUUAUUAAAUAAUAUUGAAAAAAUUAUAUUAUCUGAUUCUCGGAUAAAUUGUUUAAGUUUAUUUUUAAAUUAUAAAUGCACCCCAACACAUAGAAAAACAGUCAAAUUCAAUAAAAAACUGAUUCAAGACAAUCUUGAAAAAUGCUUUUUAAACAGAUUUUAUUAUGAUAAUCAAGAUUCAAAUGUAACAAUAUUCGAUUUAUUCCUCAAUAAUAAAUAUAUUAAAUCAAAGGUAAAGUAUUCAAAUUUACUUAUAAAGGAAAUUAAUAAAUAUGAUUUACUUAUUUGUUGUUCAACCGAUUUACUUUUUAAUAAUGGUUAUAAAUCUAAAUUAAUCAUAAAUUCAGUGAAUAUUAAUCAGAGAAUUAAAAUUCUGGUUUGCUUCUCAUUAAUUUCUAUUCUAUCGGUUAAAGAUUUAAUUCCCGACACAAUACGUUCAAUUCAAUCCUUAUUUUUAAUUAUUUCAACAAUUUGUAACUAUAUUAAAGUUAUUAAUAAAGUUCGUUGCCUUAAAUCAACUAAAGUUAGCGUAUCAAAGUUAUUGGAUUAUGAAAGUGAUCUUCCAAUUUACUUAACUGAAUAUAAUGCAAAUGUUUCUCUGGAAAGAUGGAAACUUCUCCUAAAUGUUUUACCGUUUAAUGACAUUGUGCCAUUAAUAAACAAAAUAGAUCAGAUUUAUAGUAAAAAUAAUUUGACCCAAAAACCUAAUUUAUUAUUUUCAUAUCUCGAAAUUUACACUCUUACUAAGAACUUUAUAGAUAGAAAUCAUGAAAUUAAAAUACCAGUUAUAACCAGCCAUCACAUUAAAGCUUUUAUGAAUUACCCUAUGUAUUAUUAUAAAACAAUAUUACAGAUUUUCAUUCAGAGCCUGGAGCAAGAAAGUAUUAGACAUUUGUUUAUAUCAACACAUUUGUUAGUUCUAAAAAAUCUUUCAUUUAACAGCAAAAUAACUGAUAAAAUUUCAUUUAUAAUAGACAAUAAUCAAUUUAAAGCAUUCACAAAAAUUUACAAACUUUUACCAAAAUACAAAACUUCAAUAAUUAGACAGGUUGUUACUGGCAAAAAAUGUUUUGUUGAUUUAUUUGACUUUUCAAAGGUUUGGAGUAAUUAUUGGUUAAUAUCAAAAUUCAUUAAAUUUAUAAAUAAAAAUUUGCUAUCUUCAUUUUCUUAUAAAUUAUUAAAUUAUAUUUUUUUUAUAAAUAAAAAGUUUCCUAUUAAAUUAUACAAAAGUCUAAUUACACUAAAUGGUAAUUGUAUUUCUCUAAUAUUAAAUGAUCUAUUCAGAAAUUUGUCAGAAAAUGUUGAUUACACAAUUAAAUUUGUCGGGAUGUUACCAAACGAUAAGCAAAAAUUAGAGAUUAUCGCACUAAUCAUUAGUCAUUUAGCAAAAGAUAGCAGUUAUAAUGAUCAAGAAAAAAGAAAAUUAUUUACAUAUUUAAAUACAUUAAUAUUAACGACAAAAUUUACACUAUUUUUUCCUAAUUUUGAGAACAGGACUAAUGGACUUCAAACGGUCCCAUAUAAUCAAAUUCUUAUAUUUGUUUUAGAUUUAUUUAUGGAUUCUGAUUAUAAUAAUAUUGACAUCUUAAUACUUAAUAUACUAAGGCCACUUAAAAUAAACUUUUUUGAACUUUUGAGCGAGUCGAUUACAUCUCAUUUAAGUGAAUUAAAUAAAAUCAAACAUAAUAGCUCGACAGAUUUAUCAGAUUUUAUAAAAUCAAUAUUUGAAAAAGCGGAUUCAAAUAUAUUUUCUAGUUAUGGCGUUGAUUUUUAUGAUUUUAUUUUUAACUUGUAUAAUAGUAUUUUGAAGAAUAUGGAAAAUAAUUAUUAUUUAGUUAUCAUAUUUUCAAUCGAAUUGGUAUCUAGAAACUUAUUUGAUAUUUUAUUACUAAAUAAGCUUACUAACCAAUUAAUUAUUAGCAUUAAUGCUUUGUUGAUGAAAAUAAAUAUCCAUAUUUAUUGUUCCGAUCUGGCCAAGUUUUUAGGUGGUAUUUCCAAUUUGACAUUAAAUCAACAUUCAAAAAAAUUAAAUUGUUCAUUCAUUCUUGAAAUUCUGUAUCUACUUCUGUAUUAUAUAUAUGUGCUGAACAAAGUCAAUAUUUCAUUAAUGGAUGAGCACUUUCAAGCAAGAAGUUCGAAUAAUGAAAUCUUAAUUGACCAUAUUAUUUUUUAUAAAAAGAUUGUUUCUGAAUUUACAUUAAAUAUGGUAACUUUCAUAUCUACUAGUAUGGUAGAAAUACAAUUCUUUAAUUAUUGGUUUAUUUUUGGUGAGACAUUAAUAGAUUCCAACGAUCAGAAACUAUUCUUUGACCGUAACAAAAACAAUUUAUUUAUUGGACUGAAUUCACCUUUCAGAAAGCAUGCAUUAAUUAGUAUAACAUAUGCUCGUAUGGAAGAGGUUUUGGCAAGUAAGUAUUACAAACUUCCUUGCUAUAAUAUUCGUGAAUUAAUCUGUUGCUUUAAUAUUAUUUUAAAUUCUGCUUCUUAUGUAUUUUUGGGAACUCGUUUAUUUUCAAAUUUAAUAAUUCCAGUAUUAAUAAAUACAAAAAAAGAGGAUCAUUCUUUGGCUCUUUUUGGAAAACGUAUAUGCAAAAUAUUAAAUAUUAACUAUAGUGAUAGUGAAGAAUUGGCAGUUAUUGGAGUAUUUUUCAAGACUUUAUUAAUUUAUAAAAAGAAAAUAAUUAAUCAUUUAAUUCCACAAUUAUUUGCCUUAAAGUCCCAUAAUAUUGUUGCUGAAAUUGUUGCUUCAGAAAAUAAUAUUUUGAGAUAUUCUCAUAUUUCUGGUAAAUACAUGUUUAAGAUUCUUUCAAAACUAUUUGAUAAAUUUUAUUAUAUUAAUUUUGAUCGCAUUAGAAUUGAAAUUGAAGACGAAAUUUCAAACGGUUUUGUUCAGAAUUAUCUUAACUCAGCAGUUAAUAAUUUUUUAUAUGAUGUAAGACUAAAUGAGCUUUCUGGCUUCAUAUACCAAAAAUUAUUAUCAAAGUUCUAUGCUUUUUUGUUUGCUGAAAAACAACAUUUUUUUGAGAUUAAAUUGGUAGAGAGAAAAGUUAUUAGUACUGCUAACAAUUAA